CACAGCUCCUCUGCUCCGUCAGACCAGCAGAGCCAUGAGCAAACCGAGCUGUGCGUCCCGCAGCGCCGCGCUGACUCUUCCCUUGCGCCCCUGACGCACGCCGGCACCACCAUGAAGAGGCAGAACCUGCGGACCCUCGUCCUCAUCCUCUGCACCUUGACCUACCUGAUCGUUGGUGCCGCGAUCUUCGAUGCGCUGGAAUCCAAGAAGGAGACGAGCCAGAGCAAAGAUCUGCGCGCGCGCAAGGAGGACCUCCGCCACAGGUUCAACUUGUCCACGUCGGACUUCGAAAAACUGGAGAACGUGGUUCUGCUCUUGAAGCCGCACAAAGCCGGUCUGCAGUGGAACUUCGCAGGCUCCUUCUAUUUCGCCAUCACGGUGAUCACGACCAUAGGAUACGGCCAUGCUGCACCCAGCACAGAUGGAGGGAAAGUCUUCUGCAUGCUCUACGCCCUCCUGGGCAUCCCUCUCACCUUGGUCAUGUUCCAGAGCCUGGGUGAGCGGAUCAACACCUUCGUCAGGUACUUGCUCCACCACCUAAAGAAGUGCCUUGGGAUGAGGCGCACAGAAGUCUCCAUGGUGAACAUGGUAAUUGUGGGAUUGGUGUCGUGCAUGACCACGUUAUGUGCGGGGGCGCUGGCUUUCUCUCACUUUGAGGGAUGGACCUUCUUUCAAGCCUACUACUACUGCUUUAUCACAUUGACCACUAUCGGUUUUGGAGACUAUGUGGCACUGCAGAAAGGAGAAGCGCUGCAGGAAAAGCAGGGCUACGUGGUCUUCUGCUUCAUUUACAUCCUGAUGGGUCUGGGAGUGAUCGGCGCCUUCCUCAACUUGGUAGUGCUGCGCUUCAUGACCAUGAACUCAGAAGACGAAAAGAGGGAUGCCGAGCAGAGGGCUCUUCUCGCCCACAAGGGCCAAACAGGCAGUAGCAUCACCUGCACCGUGGACCCGGCUUCUCCUUCCUCCACCGGGUGCAGCGGGGGCAACGCCGCCUGCGGGAACAGCGGAGGAGCAGCGAGCCGCGGCCUGCGUAAUGUUUACGCCGAGGUUCUCCACUUUCAGUCCAUGUGCUCCUGUCUUUGGUACAAAAGCAGGGAGAAGCUGCAAUACUCCAUACCCAUGAUCAUCCCACAUGACCUCUCCACCUCAGACACCUACAUGGAGCAAGGAGAGUCUUUCUCCAACCCCCUCUACUCUAACGGCUGCGUGUGCAGCUUGCAGCACUAUUCAGGCAUCAGCUCUGUGUCCACUGGUUUGCAUAGCAUCAACACCUACAGAAGACUCAACAAGCGCAGAAGCUCCAUCUAAAAUCCAGAAGAACUUCCUUUUGUCGUGCAAUAUUUGCAGUGGACGUUAUAAAGAGAACGAACAUUCCUGACCUUUGCUUUUAUUCUGGAAUAGCCUGGUGCUGCAGACUCCAGACCAGACGUUAACUUCCAGUAGCAAAGCACAACUCGUUUAGCUUUUAUUUUACACUAAUGCCUGAAAGAGACAAUCAUUUGUUUCACUUCCUCCUAAACUGUCCUCUGCGACUGCUCUGUUACCAUCCUGAAGCUGGAAUUUCCUGAUUAAAAACCCACUGUUUUCUGCAUCUUGAAGUGGACUCUGUAGGUGUAAUGAAGAGCAGGAGGAAACAACACUGUGAGACAGGAUGGAUUUGGGGUGUUUUAGCUGUAUAUAAUGACUUGUUAUGAAAACAUUUACUCGGUAAAGCCUAACUUAGUUUUUCUUUUAAGAGUUUUUUUUACAUUGGGGAAAUAUGGUGAGGGUAUUUUUGUAGAGAACACUUUCAAACUCAUUAACUACAAUUCCAAACUCUUGCUUUUCUAUUUUACGAGAAAAAAACAUAGAAUUUAUCUAAAGAAUUAUUAAUAGAUUUAAAUAUUGUUUUGCUGAAGAACAGAAUAUUUUGGAAAAAUGUCUACGUUGGUGAAUCUGCAGCGGUAAAUCUGGCCUAAGUGUUGCCCUUUUCAGACCAAAUAAGUUUUAUUUUCAUUGUUUUAUCUUCUAUAUUUAUCUGUUUAGUGUACAUAUCAGUCUUAUAAUAGUUUUCUGUAGCUUCACUAUGAUCUAAAAAUUUAAAUUAAGGUAUGUAAUCUCACUUGUGUUUGUAGAAAAGCAUAUCUUAUUCAUGUCUGCACCUUAGAAGACAGCUUUCUAACACUGGAACAGUGUGCACACCUUUGUGAUUUUUGUUUUAAUGGAUUUAUUUUUCACUGUCAAAACUCCUAUCCAUCCUGUUUUCGGUUUGUCAUUCAUGUUUCAUGUGUUGCCAAUCUGUGUGAAAAUUGCAGCACACCUCCAAAAUAAACAGCCGCGGUGUUUGUAUCUCUUGCACAUGGGGGUUCGUUUGCCGCAGCCCCGUCCAAACGCUCUCCUCCUCCUCGCCAGGUGCGGUCUUUAUGCUGUGUUCUUUUCAGUUGUGUGAAGGAGCAGGAUUUUCUCUUCUUCUAUUUUUGUAGCCUAACUUCACAUUGAGUCAUUUCUGUCUCGAUUUCAUGCUUAUUUUUCUACUGGAUCAUUCGUUGGAACAGUUCUUCUGUGUGAGCAUAAAAUUUAAUGUGUUUUUCGUUGAGUAUAAUAAAACAUGUUUUAUUUUAAAACA